GGGUUUCUGAUAAAGCUAUGUCCUGAGGAAAGCAGUCUAAGUGAACAGUGCUGUACAAGUAUAAGGUCGGCGUGGGGCAAAUAAAAUAAUCAAGAUGACUAUGCUGUGGGGAGGAUUGAUCUGCCCUUCGGAACGAUGGCUUCGGGUGGUCCCGCGGGCAGGUCCGCAACCCAUCAAUGGAGGCAGAACGCUGGGCGAGCUCAUCGACCUGCAAGAAGCUGAAUACGGCUCUAAGGUGGCGGUAGUUGUACCGUGGCAGUCUGUCCGGCUCAGCUACCGCCAACUUGGGGAGAGAAGCCGGGUGCUUGCCCAGGCGAUGCUCAACAUGGGGUUGCGUCCAGGGGACUGCGUGGGCAUCAUGGCGGGCAACUGUUACCAAUACAUCGAAGUCUUUCUUGAAUCAUCGAAUCCAAAGCUCCCGGAGCUCCGUCGGAUCGUGCUCAUCGGAGACGGGAUCUCCAGCCAAACGGACAGCGACCUUCAACCCUACGACGCCUUCACACGCAACACCCACCCCAAGCCAGCCGAACAAGCCGCUAUCGCACGCACCGUCUCCCCAGAAGAAGUCUUGAAUCUCCAAUUCACCUCCGGAACAACCGGUUCCCCCAAAGCCGCCAUGUUACCGCACACCAAAAGAAACCUGCUCAACAACGCCCGCUUCGUCGGCCAAGCCCUAGCCCUCACCCCCCAGGAUAAGAUCCUUAGCCCGCCGCCCCUAUUCCACUGCUUCGGCCUCGUCCUGGGCUUUAUGUCCUCCUUCAUCCACGGCAGCACCAUUAUUUUCCCAUCCCAAAGCUUCUCCGCGACCAGAUGCGUGGACGCACUCCUCACGGAACGCGCAACGGUGACCCUCGGCGUGCCAACGAUGUACCUCGCCCUGCUCGACACCCUCACCCAUACCGGCACCAAGACAGUAUCCCUACGAACCGCGCUCGCCUCCGGCUCCCCCGUCUCGCCGACGCUUAUGACCCGGCUCCGGACAGAGAUGAGAAUCCCGAAUGUGCUGAUCGCGUACGGGAUGACGGAGACAAGCCCGGUGACGUUUAUGACGCGCCUGAGCGAUGAGAUGGACAAGGGGGUUAAUACGGUUGGACAGGUACUGCCGCACACAUCGGCAAAGGUGGUAGAUUGGGAGGGAGGCGUGGUUGCGCGCGGGAUGCGGGGGGAGCUGUGCACGGCGGGGUUUGCAGGGCAGAAAGGGUAUUGGCGCAACGUCAAGAAGACCGCGGAGGUGAUGCGGAGGGAUGAGGCCGGGGUGCUGUGGAUGUUUACCGGGGACGAGGCGGUUAUGGAUGGGGAGGGGUUUGUGGCGGUCACGGGACGGAUCAAGGAUUUAAUCAUUCGGGUCUCCUACAUCUUGUCCGAUCCCUACGACGGACCCACCCCGCCCGACGCGGUGCUCCGCUACGUGCAAGCCCUCCUCCAAGCGGGGUGCUACGAGGUCAGCCUGGGCGACACCCUCGACGUGGGAUCCCCUGCAAAGGUCCGCCGUCUCCUUCACCAUCUCACCGACACCGGUGGUAUCCCCGUCGGUGCCUUGGCCGGCCACUUCCACGAUACCUACGGCCAGGCGGUGGCCAACAUAGGAGAAGCAUAUACGUGCGGCGUCCGCGUCUUCGAUAGCUGCGUCGCGGGGCUGGGCGGGUGUCCGUUCGCGCCCGGAGCCAAGGGCAAUGCUGCCACUGAGGAUGUGGUGUAUAUGUUUCAAAAAGCCGGGGUCGAGACGGGGGUUGAUCUGGCUCGGUUGGUCGAUACGGGGAUCUGGAUUGCGAUGCAGCUACCCGGCGGAGAAAACGGGAGUCGGGCUGGAGUUGCGCUGGCGGGUAAGACUGCUGCCAAGUCGCCUGCAGACUCUCGGCCGCCCUUGACGGCUUUACGGUGGACUCUGGCUAUUUGA